AUGAUUUAAACCUUCGCCAGACGUGCUCUAUAACCCCAAUUCAGAAGUCUAGCUAGAUUUGGUUAGAGUAAUGAGGAAGGCGAUGUGUCUUUCUUGGAAUAGGUGUAUUAAUACUUCGACAAAGCAGCUGCAUUGACCAACAUUCCUGUUGACAUGCUGAACUAUUAUAAGAAGACUGAUUGUGUUAUAAAGUUUCACUUGCCCCUCGUAAGAGACGAUGGAACAGUCGAAUGCAUUCCAGCAUUCAGAGCACAACACAAGACUCACAAAUUGCCAACCAAAGGUGGUACAAGAUUGAGUGAACACAUUCACACCGAAGAAGUGGAAGCAUUGUCCUUAUUGAUGACAUUCAAGAACGCUGUUUUAGAAUUGCCAUACGGAGGUGCAAAGGGAGGUCUCAAGAUUAAUCCCAAAAAAUACUCAAAAAGAGAAAUUGAGUCAUUGAUGAGAAGAUUCACCAUUGAAUUGGCUAAGAGAAAUUUCAUCGGAGCAGCCAUCGAUGUUCCAGGACCAGAUCUCGGUACAGGAGAAAGAGAAAUGAGUUGGAUGAAAGAUGAAUACACUAAAUUCGCAGGACAUCUUGAUAUCAACGCUCAAGGAUGUGUUACAGGAAAGGCCAUUUCUCAAGGAGGUAUUUCAGGAAGAACAGAAUCCACAGGUUUGGGUGUCUUCUAUGGAUGCAGAGAAAUCCUUGAAGAUUAUGAAUUUUGCACUCAAGCAGGUAUUCCAGCUGGUCUCAGAGGAAAGAACAUCAUCAUCUAAGGUUACGGAGCUGUCGGUUACUAUGCUGCUAAAUAUAUGUGUGCUUAUGGUGCCAAAUUGGUUGGUGUUGCUGAAUGGGAUGGCUCUAUCUAUGAGGAAAAUGGAAUUGACCCAGAUGAAUUACAAGCCUUCAAAGAAUAAAGAAAAGGAGUUAAGGGAUUCCCCAAAGCCUCAGAAUAUCACGAAGAUGAAUCAGUCAUUUAUAAGGAAUGCGAUAUUUUCAUUCCUGCUGCUUUUGAAUAAACUGUGAAUAGAGCUAAUGCUCCCAAAUUCAAUUGCAAAGUCAUUGCAGAAGCUGCCAAUGGACCCACCACUCUCGCUGCUGAAGAAAUCUUAAUCAAGAAAGGUGUUAAGUUCCUCCCUGAUAUCCUCCUCAAUGCAGGUGGUGUCACAGUCAGUUAUUUCGAAUGGCUUUAAAAUCUUGAUCACAUCAGACCAGGAAGAAUGACCAGAAGAUGGGAAGAAACUUCCAAAUACAAAUUGCUAGAGGCUAUUCAAAUUUCUACUGGUUUGAGAGUAGAUGUUACCAAAAACCAAUAAGCUGCCAAACUUCUUGAAGGUCCUUCAGCUAAAGACUUAGUAUUCACAGGUUUGGAAGAAUCCAAUGGCAGUUGCUGUCCAAAAAACAAAAGAAACAGCUAGCAAAUUGAAUAUAUCUUUGAGAAUGGCUGCUUAUUACAAUGCUCUUAUGACAAUUCAUUAACAUGUCGACACAGCUGGUUUAAGAUGAUAGUCUAUAAUAAAUAUUAAUAAAAUUGUGUUCAUAUAAAUAAUUUUUAUUUAUUUUUAUUGCCUUCUAAUUACAAUUGUUAAUAUAAUUUUGAACAACCAAAUCAAAUUAACAACAAAAUCAGAAUUGUUGGUUUAAAUAAUUAACUUCCAUUCUUAUUUUUGAUCUUAUCUACACUUUAUUUAAACUUUAGAAUAUACCUAUUUUGA